AUGACAAUCUUUCUAGCAUCUCUCUUCCUCCCGAAGACGGUGUACUUCAAGCUACCAGAUGCGCCGCAGAAGGGAGGCAAGAGGGGAAACGGAAACCGACCCUCUCGACAACCUCCGCCGAAAGCAGACAAACUCAAAGUAAAGACGAAUGCGAGACCACCGCUCGACACCCGGCCAAGUCUCUUCGCGCCUCACCCAGCUAAUACCCCGCCGCGAACGCCCACGGAUGAUGAGGCGGAGAUUCCCCUACAAGAUGGGCUCUUCGUGAACGAGGAUGGCGUACGUUUACAUGUGUCGGAUGAUGAGGGCAGCACUUGUGGCCCAACGGAUAAGGAGUCGCCUCUAUGGGGUUCCCGUGUCAACCAACCCAAGUCUCGGGCAAGCUCUCCUCCACCUCCAUCUCUGCUCGACCACUCCCGGACUCUGCAAAAGGCAAAGGAACUGGGCCGCCAGGGUGUAGUACAGCCUCGCCAGCAAAGAAGCGACAGCCAUGACAGGGUUUUUGCCAACGCCAACUGGCGCAUUGUGACCUCAGAUCAAGGCAACGGCGGUCUACGGAAUGCUGCCGACGCUGCUGCCCGCGAUGGAUUCGACGAAGAGUACACAUGGGUGGGCACUUUGGGAAUGCCAACUGACGCCCUGGAGGGUACGCAACAGAAAGAAGACAUCCAUGAUCGCCUCUCAACCGAGUAUAACAUGUUGACUGUCUUUUGUUCCGAUAAGGACUUUGACGGACACUAUUCCCACUUCUGCAAGCAGAUCCUGUGGCCCGUCUUCCACUAUCAAAUCCCCGACAACCCCAAGAGCAAAGCCUAUGAGGACCAUUCCUGGCAAUUCUAUGUCAACCUUAACCAGGCCUUUGCCGACAAGAUAAUCAAGAACUGGAAGAGGGGCGACACAAUCUGGGUCCAUGACUACCACCUCCUUCUCGUUCCCGGCAUGGUGCGCCAGAAGCUGCCUGACGCCAAGAUCGGUCUAUUCCUGCACGUGGCAUUCCCGUCGUCUGAAGUUUUCAGGUGUCUGGCUGUACGGAAAGAGCUCCUCGAGGGCAUGUUGGGCGCCAACCUAGUCGGCUUCCAGAUCCCCGAGUAUACUCGCCAUUUCCUCCAGACUUGCAGCAGACUCCUGAAGAACGUUGAGGCGACGCCUCAGGGCGUCCAGCUUGACGACCGCUUCGUCAAUGUUAUGAGCAAUCCCAUUGGUAUUGACCCGGUCAGCCUCAAUCUCCAUCGACAGGAGCAUGAAGUCAAACGAUGGAUCGACGUCAUGAAAGACCGCUACAAGGACAAGAAGCUUAUAGUUGCUCGCGACAAGUUGGAUCACGUUCGAGGUGUGCGCCAGAAGCUCUUGGCUUACGAGCUGUUUCUUAAUAAGAACCCGCAGUGGCGAGAUAAGGUCGUUCUCAUUCAGGUGGCGCUUUCCACCAGUGAGAAGACCGAUCUCGAUGCAGCUGUCGGCGAUAUCGUAACCAGAGUCAAUUCGUCCUGGGCGAAUCUCGCAUACCAGCCUGUGGUCUAUCUGAAGCAAGACAUUCCAUAUUCGCAGUACCUAGCUCUAUUGACGAUCGCUGACGCGCUGAUGAUCACCAGUCAGCGCGAGGGCAUGAACCUCACUUCUCACGAAUUCCUUCUUUGCCAGGACGGCAAGAUGGAUGAUAAGCGUCAUGGAUCGCUCAUCUUAUCUGAGUUUACUGGUACGUCAUCUCUCUUCGGAGGCAACGAGCUUUCAGUAAAUCCCUGGAGCUACCGACAAUGCUCGGAGGCCAUUGGAAAAGCCCUCGAAAUGUCCGACGAGGAAAAGGAUACGCGGUGGAGGAAACUGUACCAAGCGGUUGAGAACCACACCGGAGGCCACUGGUUCACCGAGUACUUGACGCUCCUGGAUCGUUUCUACGACGAACAGCACCACCACGCACAGACCUCGGUUCCUCGCCUCAAUCUGCAGAAACUAGAUCUGGCCUAUGGCAGAAGUCAACGCCGGCUCUUCUUCUUGGACCUUGAGGGUACACUGAUCCCCAAUAACCCGAUGAGCUCGAUGAUUCCGAUGAAUCCUCAGCGAACACUUUCGGUAUUGAAUGACCUUGUUGAAGACCCCCGCAACAUGAUUUACGUCAUGUCUGCUCGGCGACCUCAAGAACUGGACCGUUUGUUCCGCCUGGUUCCUAACCUUGGCUUAGUUGCUGAGAGCGGGUGUUUCGUCAAGAAUGCCGGUACCGCACAAUGGACAGAGAUGGCCGACCGUGCUAAUAUAGCCACUUGGAAAGAAUCUGUCAAGUCCAUCCUGCAGUACUACCUCGAACGGACUCCGGGCGCCGAGAUCGAGGAACGACACUGCUCACUGGUCUUCCACUACAAGGAUGCCGAGGACUUUGCCAUGGCCGAGCGUCAAGCAAGCGACUGGACUGGCCAUAUCAACGAGUCUUGUGAAGAGCAGCGAGUCCAUGCUACCCAGCUUGAGAAUUCAGUGGUCGUGGAAUCAAUCGACUGGACCAAGCACACUGCAGCCCAGGCGAUCUAUAAGGAGCACAGCGUAAAUGCGCCAUACGCCGACAAGGCUGCUCCUUUAGAUUUCCUGAUGGUAAUCGGAGAUGGUCGUGAAGACGAGAAGGUCUUUAGAUGGGCCAACGAACUUGGGCAGAAGAAGGCCGUGCAACAAGUUAUAACAGUCAGCUUGGGCAAUCGCAACACAGAGGCUAACGCUACACUGACCCAAGGUGUUAGUGGUGUUCUCGUCACUCUUCAGAAGCUCGCUAGUCACGCAUAG